AUGGAACAGCCCACACAGAUUUGGGUAUUGGGACUCGGAAUCACCUUGAUACUGCUGGCUUAUCUCUAUUAUAUCGCAAUAGUUUCAGUCGUCCACGUUGAACCAUACCCGCGACAACUCGAUGGCGCUUCAACAUCACACGUUCUUGCUCUUCGGGCGAUGAAACGUCUGUACCAUCGGCUACACCACCCCGAAGAGUUUGCCCACGUUAGACCGUUGGCACGUCAGUGCUUGGACUCGCUUCUCGCCCAGACGAAUCGUUUGGCCGGGCAGCAUUGGGACCAAAAUCGAUCCCACAAGGCAAACAGCAGCAUUUAUUGUCUUCGGGAGUUCUCAAGGAAAGACUUACAAAGUUUCUUGGAGGCAACAAACACCGAGAUCCAAGAUGAAUGGGAGAGAUAUAUCCACGCAAGGAAAGCAGGGCAUCCGCGAGAAUUAUUCCAGACCGCGGACGAGGCAGCUCGAUGGAUCGAACGGAUCAGCCCCGUAAAGCUCGUUGACGGAGCAUGGCUUGGUCAUCUUCGGCUCAACCACAUGCCCUUCUCACUCCACUCGGUCCUCAAAGACCUUUGGCAAAUUCUUUCGGAAGAGCUGGGUGAUGGAGAUUUGGCAAAGAACCAUGUCCACGUCUUCAAGGAAUUGCUCCGGAGCGUUAAUUCCAAGCUUUCCGACGCGGACCACGAAGAUUUCAUAUCUUCCAAACACUCAACGGACGAUUUGUCCAUUUGGAACUCUGCACUUGCACAACUUACCGUCUCCCUGUUCCCUGAAGAUUACAUUCCCGAGAUUCUCGGGUUUAAUCUUCAUUUCGAGCUUGUGACAUUGGAGACACUGAAAGCGACCAAAGAGCUGAAGGAAGUAGGUCUCGAUCCAUCCUACUUCUUGCUGCAUGUAUGUAUCGACAACACAGACUCUGGCCAUUCAGCCAUUGCUUUCCGAGCAGUCUGCAACUUCAUGGAACAUAUUCGAGAGACCGAAGGACUAGCGGCUGCUGGACGCUACUGGGAGCGUAUCCAGAACGGCUUUUGCUUGUCACAGUUCUCAACCAAGCUGGAUGUUCCCAUAGACACCUUCUCCCCCAACGAUCGGGAGGUAGGGAUAGUCAGCCUUCUGACCGGCAAAGUCCGGGCUUCCAGAAAGGUCCAUUGCAAUAGCCCUGCUCGCAUCAAAGGCCAAUUGAUCGGGAAAUGGCUGGAUCCUGAAAAGUGGGACUCUCCGAACUGGCGAGUUGAGUUCUUGGAGGCUUUUACCCACGCUGAACAGUGGAUAUGUCCAGGCGACAGCAGCCAUAGCGGAUUCAUUCAGCUCAUUUCGCCAGGGGGCAAGAUGUUUGGGUCAUUCACUUUGGACGAGCGAGAGGUUUUGAAAGAGUGGAUUGACAAAUUGUCGCCCGAUGAUGUUGCGAAGAGACAAUCCGUUCGGAAUGAGCCAGAAUGGCUGUGUUCCCAACGACGGCAUCCAGAAAUAGAUGUGGCGUUGUCGGAGAAGACAUGCUUGAACGACAGCAUUGUCUUUGAGAGGGUGAUCCCGCUUUGGUUUGCAGCGUGCUGCCUGCUGGAGGGAUUCGUGGCGAUUCCAAUAAAGGCCGCCGCCCAGCUCUCACUGAGCGUAUUGAAAGUCCUGCGAGUUCAGAAAGGAUUCUACGACGGCCUUGGACACGAUAUUUCCUCAACAAAUGCUGCGGCAGAGCGAGAGGCUUCCCAUGAUCUGGUCACUAUAGGGCUCACGAUGGUGAGACCUGCCGGAUUCAGUCCCGUGUCUUCUAUCGGCGAGGUUCUGGAGAUGUGGCCGCUGGAAUUCUCGUCAAAGAUGCUCGAGCUGUCGACAAGACCGGAAGAGAACAAAGCGAUUCUCAUUGGGAUGGCCAUGGCGUUUGCCGAGUUUCACGCUCAAUUGAGUUCUUCUGGACAUUUGAAUCGGGGUUGCAGCGAGGCUCUUCGGAUGAUUGUCGAAGGCGAGAUGCAUCAUUUGGGGAGUUGCUGGCAACUUUUGGCAGAAGAGGAAGGAUGUAAAUAUCAACUCGAGGCCGGCUAUGACAUGGCACGCACAGAGAUUCGCAGGGGCUUCAAGUAG